CGAGGAGCCGGGGCGAGCCCUCCCUGCCGGGAGAGGCAGCCCUGCGGCACGCAGCGCCAUGGUCUCAUGGAUCAUCUCCAGGCUAGUGGUGCUUAUAUUUGGCACUCUUUACCCUGCAUAUUAUUCUUACAAAGCCGUGAAAUCAAAGGACAUCAAAGAAUAUGUCAAAUGGAUGAUGUACUGGAUCAUAUUCGCACUCUUCACAACAGCAGAGACCUUCACGGAUAUCUUUCUUUGCUGGUUUCCAUUCUACUAUGAACUCAAAAUAGCUUUUGUAGCUUGGCUGCUGUCUCCGUACACAAAAGGCUCCAGCCUCCUUUACAGGAAAUUUGUUCAUCCAACACUGUCUUCAAAAGAAAAGGAGAUCGAUGACUGCCUCGUCCAGGCAAAAGACCGGAGCUACGAUGCCCUUGUGCACUUUGGGAAGCGGGGGCUGAACGUCGCAGCCACGGCAGCCGUCAUGGCAGCUUCAAAGGUAAAGGGACAGGGGGCCCUGUCUGAGAGACUAAGGAGCUUUAGCAUGCAGGAUCUCUCGACGAUUCGUGGAGACAGCAGCAGCACUGUUCCUCCUUCGGUCACUGUACGAACAAGUAGCAAACAGAGUCAGCCAAAAACAUCGAGAAGUGCAUCGGAAGGCACUGGCAGCUCAGGCACCGCCUAGGACCCUUAGACCUCGCUUCAGGAAGAAAAGUACCUCGUCCUCUGCCACUGAAACAAUGUGAGUGCAAUGAGCCAAUAGCACCAAGAUCCACAGAAUGUCUCUCUUCUGCCUUAAAGAGCUACUCGUUAAUAAUGUAGGAAACAGCAGUGGGAUGGAUGUGCUUUGAUGUACAGCAUUGCAGACAUGGCCUUUCUCUCUCCUCUCUCUGUAUCCUUCUGUUACACGCUUCUCACAUUUGUCCAUGAUGUGGGUAGGACAGUCUGGUAGGCACCUGCAGGUAAAAAGUCCUUGUUUUGUUUGCAGAGUGUACACCCACUCACGCUAAUCAUGUAAGGCUGUACAUUUACAAUUCUUAUUUGUGUCUGCAUAGCUCUAGCUCUGUGAAUGCACAGCGGAAGCAAAAAUAAUCAUGAUGAUACAUUGACAGUGUAUUUAUUUAUGGCUUUAGCAUUAAUGAAGUGGAUUUGCAGAAGCCAGGAAUUUCUCUUUCCUCCCUUCCUCCUCAAGACUGUAAAUGAUGCAACAAAUGUCAAAGUACUUUGACUGUACAGAAUGUUCAAGAUUCAUUAGCAAAAGCUGAGCUGCAACUCUGUUUCUGUUUCUGCAAGUAAAUCACGUGUUCUGAGAAAAACAUUGUUCUAAAAACUGUAGAGGCAGAACCACUUACUGAGGAGAGGAAGAGACAUGCAAGAGAAAAUAAAUGGUUUCAACGAUGUAAUGAAGGGGGAGUCUUAAUUUUGAUCAGACUGAGCCAGGAGAGUAUUGUGUGGAAAAUGAUGGCGGCUAGAAGAACUAGAUCAUAUCGCUUGUGGCAAAUGUUCUACUGCCAGUUUUUAAGUGUGAGCAAGCCAGGCUUGUACUAGCUACAGCAACAGAAGUUAGAAUCGCUUUAGUGAUGCACUUCCAGGGGAAAAUGCACCUUUCUCCCCUGUCUGCAUCAGUGUCAGUCCCAGUGCUCUGCUUUCCUGGUGAGGUGCUGCUGUUCUACUUGCAUGAGCAGAGCAGGGCGCUGGGUCUGAGCUGCUUUUUGAAGCCUGGAGUUUCGCCUGUAGCAUGAAGUUUGGUUAGAACCACAAGAACCAGAUGCAGUGGUAUAUUUGUAUCCAUAUAUAAAUGAGAAAUAUAAAAGAAGAUGAAGACUUGGUAGGGUUUGUGUAUUUGUGCUUCAAGUUGGUGUCUCUUGUAAGUGUUGAGCAUGUGAGAUUCACACAUAAGUUAAUUACGUGGCCCUUUGUGUUUGCUCUUGGACCUGUCACAUAGACUAGAAAAACAUUAGCAUUAUGUAGAAUGUGCCAUCACUAACAGAUCAGUACAUGGGCUUGAUGAUGAACAGUACUGUUAAUCUAGUUCACGUGCAGCAGUCCAGGAUGCCAACAGCCGGCUGGAGUGGAUCAGGCUCAGAGAUAAAUCUGAAGUGGCCUUUAAAACCUUUCUUCUGCCGGCUAUGCAUCGAUAUCCCAGCUGUCCCUGUCUGAUGGAUCACUGAGGUUUCCCCCAGAGCUUCCUACAUACGUGGGGAAGAGAGUGAAAAAAAUUAUGCGCACGCACAAGUGUUUAUCUGAGCUGGCUAGGAAGUGGAAAAAGCAAGCAGGUAUUUCCUGUGUCUGCCACAAUUAUUUGGCCUCAUUACCUGAGAAUUUUAUUUCCUUUACGUGUGCUAAUUCAAUCGUAUUUUGCAAUGAGUAAAAAGGAAAAAGUCUUUAGAAAGUAAAUUGAAAAAAACAACAAACCUCUCUAAAUAGUAGUUACGGAAGGUUUGGAAGAUACUCAGCAAAAGCUUUGAGGGGCUAAGCUUGUGUGCUUUAUUUUUAAGCAGCUUUAGAGUUUAUUUGAUUUCUUUUGGCAAACAUUAAAAAGAAAUAGAAAAACUGCCUGCAGUGUUAGCAGAAAAUAAAAUCCUGUUGCAAGCAAGCUGUUAUUUCCCUGCUAUGCAAUGGGCUGCCAUACGAUAAAAAAGAAGCUGACAAGUUUGCACUCAGUUAUGCCAAAAACCCAACAACAUAGAGCUACAUAACAUCUGACAAAUUCUGUUCUCAGACAUGCUGUAUUAACAUUGAUUCUCACUAAAAUUAUUAAAUGUGCGUCUAAUCUGCUGUUUUACUGUAAACUUGACUGUUUAGCAUUUCUUAAGUGCUGAGGUGAAAUUGUUGACAAGGGAGUUGCCUUAUAUCUCUCAAAACAUUCACUGUAUAAAGGAGAAAAAUAAACCUUUUCAUAUCUCUGGCAAAAAUGUAUUAAUUUAUCAACUGAGCUGUAUAUUUGUGUAUAGAUAGACAAGAAAUGUGAAUGCCUAACCACGUACACUUAGUGCUGUAGUGUUCUGUAUACAGAAGAGAACGGUCAUUUGCUUUUGAUUCCUCAUCUUCCACACACAGGUUGUUUACAGGUGUUGCCCCAAGUCUUUAAUUUCACUCUUUGGCUCCUUGCGUUCGUUCAGAACAAACACCAGACAUGAAGUCUUUUGUUCCCGUUUUUCCUCUCGAGUCUGCCAAGGAACGAGCCCGAUUCAGGGAGUCGCCUUCCUGCGCUGAUGCUGACCCCUCCUGGCAAAGCAGAGUUUUAGCAGGAUUCGAGCAAAGGGAGGACGCAGGGACGGUGGCUUCUUGCGUGUGUUGGCCGGGAGUAACUCCCAGCUUCCUCCCAGCUCAGGCUCGGAGGGUGCGAGCUGGCUGACCGCUUGCACAUUCCUCGUAAACGCAAGCAGUCUUUCAGCUGAUGGUUUAAAAUAGCAACAGAUCUGGCUUAAGUAAGAAAAUCACGGUUUGGGGACUCCACAGUCAGCCCUGUACGGCAGGCAGGCACCUCCUGGCUUCUCAGAGGUGGCCUGGAGAUUGUAAUCCUGAAAGGAACCAGCCAGCCCUAGAAAAUACAGCCUUUACCCAGCACAAGGCUCAAGUGAAACCUGAAUUAUUUUGAGCAAGUAAAAGAGAGGCUGAGGGGAAGGAAACUGCAGCUGAAGAUGGUCCAUGGAAAAUGGGCCUGUGAGUUACCUCAUCAGUGCUUUAUGACCAUAAAUUCACCUAAAUUAUGAGGAGAAUUAAGCUUAGAGCAGUUCAGUGCAGUCCUCCACGCCUCCAUUCUUGUCGUAGGGGUGUCAGUGCAGUCAUGGCGGUUGCCAAUUGCUGAUUGAGGAUCAUAACUAAUAGAGACAAGACAGACUUGAUGGGUAUUGCUGUCACCUUGGAACUAAUCCCCCGCUAAUCUAAACUCUGCAAGUGCAAUCCCAGCACAGAAGGAAAGGAGAAUCGGGUUAUUUAUUCCUAUUAAGAGGGAGAAAGCUGCUUGGAGAGAUACGAUGCUCCCUAGCCUCAUGUAAACAACCUGCUGCCUCCAACUGCUCUCAUCUAGUGAUGAAACACUUGUGCUUGUGACCGAAUGCUCGUUAAACACAGUCUCCUUUUUGCUGUUUGUUUCGGGUACCCGUUUUGCAUCUAGCACCAUAUUUGAAAUAGCGGAGAACACUACGUUGGGAUUUGCGUUUAGACAAACUAUUUAAGGAUCAUAAAUUGUGCACUUCAUGUGAUUUCUUUCCUGUGAUCGGUAGAAAAGGUCUGUGAUGGAAUGGUACACUUAAUGCCUCACACGGAUGGCCAUUACAACAGUAUUCCAAAGGUUGAUGUUUUGCUGGUUUUGUUAUACUGCUUGAUAUACAUCUUGAAUAAAGUCUUAAUCUUUUCUUUAA